AUGACAGCUGCUUUUGACGGACCGCCACGUGCUCCACCUCCACACAUCUAUCCGCCUAUUCAAGCCCACAUGCGAAGGAAUCGCUGCGACAAGGAGCCACAUGUCUCUCGUGUUCCUAAGAGAAUGAGACUCGGGAUGCGCGUUUCAGCCCCUCUAAGAAUCGACAGAGAGGUCGAUGGGAUGCUCGGGAUAGUACCUCCACCCGUAGGUGUCGAGGAAGAAAGUGAGGAAGAGGAUCCAGAGGAGGAUCCUGAGGAGGAGGAACCCGAGGAGGAGGAGGACCCAAAUAGAGAGAGCGUUGGAGAGACCGGGGCGAAGGAGGAUAAGGAUGGAAAAGAUUAA